GGGACUUCUGAUUUUGCGGAGUUAACUGCCGCCCGAUUGGGGGAGAAGAGGGGGGAUCUCCGUCUUCACGAUGACGGUCACCCGCCUUAAUUAAUAAGGGAGUGGAAGCCUAUCGAAGUUCGACCAGGAGACUAGAUUAAGAUGAUUGUGGACAGGCCCAGAGAAAUGCCUUAGCCUGGCCAAUGGUCAGGGCCGCCGUGAACCUUGGGGUGGAUUACGCUGGACGGCCGCCCGCCCCAAACCCCGUUACAUCCGAACGGCCUUCGCAGUCCCCCGGCGUUUUUCCUUUCCGUCUCCAGCAUAUUCCAUCAUUAUCGCAACCCUUUCCCUGUGUCUCCGUCUGACUGAACCAACCAGCUCCUGCAUCGCACAAGCGGCCUCUCCAUAUAUCUGCCCAUGGCUUCCUCCCCGCUAAACCAUGGCCCGAUGAACCCUUCCUCGUCUUCCAGAUCGCUGCCCUCGACUGGCCCUUUGCCGUCGCCCUCAGCAUCGUCGCCCUCACCACCUGCGCCGUCCUCCGCAGCCCCACCGCUAUCAGAUCCUCCGGCGCGCCCUUCUCCUCCUCAUCGCUCGGCCACCGUGGGAGCAUCGCUCCUCCGCGAGUAUGCCUUGCACAUAGAUCCUUCCCACACUACCAACGAUAUUCACGCGGGCGAUUCUGCUCCCGGGACUGCCGACCUGGGUUUGGAGUCUGUUCAGAAAUCGGACAUUCCCCGGGAGGAGGCUGCUGUCGCACCGUCUCCGACACCCCCCUCUCUGCCACGCCGGCAGACGGCCACCCUGACUGGCCAUCAUCGAAACGCGUUAUCCAGUGAUUCAAUCCCUCGUCAAACCCUCCUAAAAGCCCUCGCGUCACGACCAUCGAUGUGUAACCACCAAAGCUCAAACAUGCCGCUGGCGGCCACUUUGGGGCUUCUCAAUGCCAACCCUACAUCCGACGAAACCGAGCGCCGGUCGAGCAAUUCCUCAUCACAAAUGCUGUCAGCAGCUCUAUCCAAUAUCCAGCUAGGAACAUACCUGGACCGUGCUCCCGCCACGGCCCGGCUAGUCAUGCAAUCCCCGUGCUUCUUCCAUCAACGGUUCGACGAUGCGGUAAACAUCCAGAAAGUAUUGGAAGAGAUUGCGGACGAUGAGUGGCUAUCGCACUCGCGUUUGGUACAAACAGCGACGGGCGUCCGAGAAGUAUCCAAACAAUUGCAGCGGAGACCCAUCAAACGCGCCGUGAGGAAUGUCAUGAUCGUCACCAAGGCGCGGGAUAACAGUCUGGUACACCUGACACGGGAAUUGGCGGAGUGGCUCCUCUCCACCCCCCGCUACGGAAACGACAUCGGUGUGAAUGUUUAUAUCGAUGCCAAGCUUCGGAACUCGAAACGAUUCGAUGCGCCGGGGCUCUUGCAGAAAGAACCCCGAUUUGAACAUAUGCUACGCUACUGGACUCCGGAUCUCUGCUGGACGGCACCGGAGAAAUUCGAUCUGGUACUCACGUUAGGUGGAGAUGGGACGGUGCUUUUCACAUCGUGGCUCUUCCAACGUAUUGUACCGCCCGUCCUCUGCUUUUCUCUCGGGAGCCUUGGGUUCUUAACAAACUUCGAGUUCGAGAACUACAAGUCUCACCUGAACGCAGUGAUGGGGGAUGUCGGUAUGCGGGUGAACCUGCGGAUGCGGUUUACCUGUACGGUCUUCCGCAAAGACCGGAGCAAAGGCGCUGAAGCUGGUGCCGUCGAGGAAGGGGAGCAGUUCGAGGUGCUGAACGAACUGGUGAUUGAUCGAGGGCCGUCGCCAUAUGUGUCCAACCUGGAACUGUAUGCGGAUAAUGAUCUGCUCACCGUGGUGCAAGCGGAUGGGUGCAUUUUCUCUACCCCCACAGGUUCCACGGCAUACUCACUGUCCGCGGGCGGUUCUUUGAUUCACCCCUCUAUCCCUGGCAUACUUCUGACCCCAAUCUGUCCACAUACUCUCUCUUUCCGUCCAAUGGUUCUCUCAGAUUCGCUUCUCCUUCGGAUCGCUGUUCCCGCUGGGUCCCGGUCGACCGCGUACUGCUCGUUCGACGGAAAGGGCCGUGUGGAACUGCGCCAGGGCGACUACGUUACCGUCGAAGCCAGCCAAUACCCCUUCCCGACCGUGGUGGCCGGCAGUGGGGAAUGGUUUGAGAGCGUUCAGCGCGCGCUCCGAUGGAACACCCGGGGUGCCGUGCAGAAGAGCUGGCAUAGCGCAUCCGACACGGGCCUGGACCCGGCCGAGGACGAGGAAGAGGAAUGGGACAUUGACACGGAUGCCGGGUUAACCGGGACCGACAGUGGACUGGGAGUCAGCGAGGACGGCGACACGGGGUCGAUCGGUCCUCUGAAGCGCCAAAUGAGCAUGUUCAGCAUGUAGGCUGCCUUGCUCCGACCCCUCUUUCUGGGGUUCUUCUCUUUUCGGAUUUACUUUUAUCUUUUCGUCCCAGGUGCGACACUGGCUGGCGCACGGGCGUACCAUUCUCGUUCCACGGAACAGCGCCACUUCUUCUUGGCUAUAGCGACAUUUGAUAGACUGGGACAUGGUCGGUUAUCAUGGGAACUCUAGAGACUAUAUACUACAUUUCGGGAAGACUCGAUGGCCGGGGCGUUAGACGGCUGGCAAUUAGAGA